GUAUCCUAUACCCCUGUGCCCAGUACCGGCGAGGUUACCAGUCCUCUUUUUUGGUACCGAUUGCAGCAUCGCGGAUACAAGACCGAGAUGAUUAGUCCGGGUGUUUACGACGUGGUGGUCGUCGGUUCCGGCUGCUCAGGACUGACGACCGCAUUUGUCGCCGCCAAAUACGGCCUCAGCGUGCUCGUCCUCGAAAAGACACGAUACUUCGGCGGCACGACUGCCUACUCUGGCGGAGGAGCCUGGAUUCCCAACAACAAACAUCAACCGUCGAUAGGGAUUGAAGAUUCCCCCGCCCAGGCCGAAACCUAUCUUCACAAUGUGUUAGGCGAUCUCUACGACACGGAGAAGAUUCCCGUCUUUCUUCAGUCCGGGCCCGAGAUGGUGGCAUGGAUGGAAGCCAACUCCGUGCUCCGCUUCAAGCCGGUUCCCCUGCCCGACUACCAUAUCUCAAAGAAAGGCGCCUCGAUUGGACGGACGCUCCUGACGGAAGAGUUCGACGGCCGUCAGCUCGGCCCCUUGAUCCGGGAUGUUCGCUACCAAAUCCAAGGAUAUGCUGCAUUUGGGUCAAUGCAGGCCGACCCCGAGGAGUUGCCGAUGCUCACCAAUCCAUUUGGGACCGUCGGCAACCUGGCGCAUGGGACUAAGAAAGCGCUUCGAUAUGCGGUAGACCUGGUUCGCUGGGGCAAAGGCACGGCCAGUGGCAAACGGAAAUGCCCUGGUGGGACGGCUCCUCUACUCGGCUCAGUGAUGGGCCUCCAGGUUCUGCGCAACGGCGAGGAGAAGUACAUCCACGCCCGCAAAGGAGUCGUCCUGGCAAGCGGCGGCUUCGGGAGAUCGGAGGAAGCGAAGCAAUUCGUCCCGCAUGAAUGGUGCGCUGCGUCCCGAGGCAACACCGGCGAUGGGAAGCGAAUGGGGGUGGAAAGUGGCGGGGCUCUGCCUCCCAAAAAUCCAAUGAAUGCCAUCUUCGCGCCCAUAUCGCUCCUGCAUGUGCCAGAUGGCCCUGUUCGCCGGUUUCCGCACUUCGCGAUUGACCGAUCGAAGCCCGGAUCCAUCAUCGUUGGCCCCGAUGGGAGGCGCUUCGCGAACGAGUCGGAGCCAUACCAGGAGUUUGUCUCGGCCAUGCACCGGAAAGGCAUCCAGAAGGCGUACUACAUUGGUGAUCGCACCCAUCUGCGCAAGUACGGGAUGGGAAUGGCCUUGCCGUGGCCGUAUCCCAUCUGGAAUCUCCUACGACAGGGCUACCUGAUCUCUGCACCGAGCAUCUCUGCCUUGGCGGAGAAGAUUGGGGUUCCGGCUCAGAACUUGGAGCGAACUGUGGCAGAAUAUAACUCGUUCGCCGCAACCGGGAAGGAUCUUCAGUACGACCGUGGAGGGAAUGCCUACGACCGCUUCUAUGGCGAUCCAGCGGUCCAACCGAACCCGAACCUGAGGCCCUGCACGCGAAGUCCCUUCUAUGCACUGCCGCUGUACCCCGGCAAUGUCAGCACCUUGUACGGUCUCAUCACCAACACGGACGCCCAGGUGCUUGACAAGGACGGCAAGGUCAUUGAUGGCUUGUACGCGGUUGGCUGCGACCAAAAUUCCGUCUUCAAGGGCGCCUAUCCUGGUGGAGGCUCCAGCAUUGGUCCCGGCAUGACCUUUGCGUACCGGGCCGGCCGGAGUCUCGCUGGAGCGGUGUCUUGA